ACAUCGUUUCAUCCUACAAAUCUAGCGUUCUUCGAGGCAGCGCGUGAGGAAGUCAAAGAGGAGCACAUUGAUGUUGUUUGCCGGUGGUGGAGGGGUUGGUGCCACGCCUAAUAUCAGGAGGAGUAUUAGGAUUGAAUGCGAGAACAAUAACAGCAGCAUUCACACCCUAGAAAACGUUGGUGAGUAUUCGAAAAUUUGUGAGAUGGUGGAUUGCUCUAAUGGGAUUUGCGAGCAUGAACCGUUGAGGUAUAUGAGGCCCAUGCUUCAAGCAACCUUCUGCUUGCAGCCUCCCGGUGAUACCCCUACUAGGAGGUCGACUUUCGAUUCCAUCAUUGCAGGUUGCAUGCCAGUUUUCUUUGAGGAAUUAUCGGCAAAAAUACAGUAUGGGUGGCAUAUGCUGAAGGAACAGUAUGGGGAGUUCUCGGUGUUCAUACCGAGGGAGGAAGUGAUGUCCAAGAGAUUAAGGCUUCUGAAUGUGUUGAUGGGAAUGCUUAGGCGUGAAGUGAUGAAGAAGGGGGAAAGGGUUGUGGAGUUGAUUCCUAGAGUCAUGUAUAGGAGGCAUGGAAAUUCAAUGGGAUUGAGAAGCAUCGAAGACGCAUUCGACAUUGCAGUAGAGGGUACAUUACAGAGGAUUAAAGCUAGGAUUCAUAAUUUUUCAGCUCGUUAGUGUAUAAUCUCUGACAAAAAUGUGGCUUAUAACAAUUUCUGUUUUGUAGUCUCGUCAUCUAACGAUUUGUAUUUUAUAAUCUGAAUUGUAAAACAAAAAAUUCCCACCUAUGACAUUUUAUAAAUAUACAGUUUUCCA